UUAGUAUGUAUUUUUCAACAAUGGAACAACUUAUUCAAUUAAGUUUGAAACAUGUAAUUCAAUGACCAUAAAAAUUAUUAGAAAUAUUACUAAUGACUAGACUUCGAUUUUUGAUUUCAGGAUGUCCACUACAAAGAAUCCUAGUAAGACAAAAAAAUCAGAUUUGUUUCUUACUCCAUAAUUAAUGUCAGUAGGAUGUAAAAAACCUUCGAUUACGAGGUAUCAUCAAAACUGUUCCCGACGUUGCAUCAAUCAACGAUUCAAUUCGACUAGUUUCGUUUUAAAUAUAUAAAAUAACAGGUGAUGUUCCCUAAAAUAGCAGAAUCUAUACGUCCAAUGCGAAGAUUUAAAAAUAGAAAUUCAUUAAAAGUUUUUUUGUAGUGACGUCAAUGCUUCCCUCCUUCAGUGAACGCUAAAUUUUGUUAGUCUUUUCAUGGUAUUUUCUCAUUGUCAGAAGCCUUGAGCUGCACCAUAAAUUUAAAAAAUGUGCAUUACUACUUCCACUGGUAUAGAAAAACUUUCAUCACUUGUAUAGCUCGAACAAAAUAAACUUUUAUUGGCACAAAAAGGCUAUUGUACAGUUCGAGAUAAAAAAUCCAAGUUUAGUCAUUAGUAAUAUUUCUAAUAAUUUUUAUGGUCAUUGAAUUACAUGUUUCAAAUUUAAUUGAAUAAGUUGUUUCAUUGUUGAAAAAUAGGUACUAAUCUGGAUUGGCUUAUGUCAUUGCAACGAAUCGUCCAUGUGACGAAUUGUCCUGCAAUGAAUUGUCCUAGUACCUUGAUGCCUGAUGGAAAUACUAUCGAAUGGGCAUUGGCUUGCCUCGUCAAUUGUCAUAGUCAGUUCUAUAUAGUGAGAACGCUUUCAAUUGAAGAACAAGCACAAAUAAUUGCUCGAUCUUAUGGAAUAAAUGGAUCCAAUUUUCAAUAUUUACACAACACCCUAUAUGCCUGUCGAAAAUUCUCUUUACUCGAUACAUUUACAAAAGAAAUGAAACAAUUAUAUGGUACUGCUCUACUUUAUCGACAUAGAUUAGUCGAGCAGGAGCGUCAAUGGCUCGACACAUUAGAUAAAUUGUCAACAAAAGAUGAGCGACAACUAGCUAUCAAAUCACGAAAGACAAAGCGUAUUGGAAUAAAAUCGCGAAAAUUACUUAAUCGGAUGUGUUCUGUAGCACCUACAACUAUACCAACAUAUCAUCGAAUGUUAUCUGCUUAA